AUUUAUUAAAUUUUAGAAAUUUAAUAUAUUAUUUUUUUAAACAUCAAAAAGAUAUAUAUUAAAAUGUCGAGAGAGUCUGGUAGAAGGUCCGUGCAUAUGGGCGCCGUAAACCAAAGUUUGAGGAAAGGCAAAGCUAAAGCCACGUCUGACGAUUCGGCCUCACGCGGUUCUCGAGGAAGACACUCCGUCUCUUCCUUUCCUACCAUCCCCGAUCAAUUCAUCAGCGACGCUUUGACGGAUCAAGAAUUCGACCAGUACAUUUCUGGUAGAGGCGACACGAAUCUCCCCACUCUUGAUAGUUUAUUCGAGGAUAUUGAUGAAGCAGGACUAGACAAACUGGACGGGGAAGAGGAGCCUACACCGCACAGCAACGACGUCGACGAGGAGGCAGUUGAGCCCGAGACCUCUCAAGGUCCGGGCAAAGGAGUUUCCGGCGGUUAUGGUGGUUCGGAAAAACACCUCAAGUCAAGGGAUCCCGUGGAGUACGCCAAAUACGCGGCGAAAAAAAAGGGACGACAAGAAGUGCAAACCCAAAUUUCUCGGCUUGCUUACAGGGAUCCUAAUCAAACCUCGAACUCAAUAAUGGAGAGCAUGAUGAAAAACUUUGUGGAUGGGCAGUUGAAGUUAGACCAGGAGAAGUUGAAAUUUGAGCAAGAGACUAAAGUUGGAAUGCAAGACUUGAGGACACAAGUAGGCCAACUCGCUACAUCAAUAAGCAGACUUGAGUCCCAACUCUCCAAUAAACUUCCUUUGCAUUUCAGGACCCCAAAUGAAAGUGCUAAUGCAGUCACUCUUUGUAGUGGCAAGAGUUUUGGUGAGUCUAGAACCAAGGAAAGGGAAGAGAAGGUUGAUGAAGAAUGUGAAAUUGGGGUCAAACACGAUCAGAUUAUUAAUCCAGAAACACCUCUACUACAAAAGGAUGCAAGCCCUACGGAUGAAAGGGUAAAUUCUCCCCUAGAUUCUAGUUUAUCACCUAACGUGUCUUUGCCAAGAGGACAAUGAAAGGGACAUAUGGGAAAAUUUUUAUAAAAUAGAGGUCGUGCCACCACUGCCCGUACUUGUUCUUCGCUGCCUGAACGUCUCUAGAACCUCGUCAAGGGCUCAUCUGCCUACCCACCGUUGGACGGGACUCAGCACAGCCAUCCCGACCUCGUCACCGCUACCAUAGGUCACCGAGUGUCCCGGUUGCCGCUACUAAAGGUUCAAGAUCUCUUCUCCUAGGGGGUGUUUGUUUUUUGGCCAGAAGAGCUUCUGGCCUCUUUUGUCUGCGCCGCGCAGACGCGCGCAGAUGCUGAGCUCUACAGAUUGUUUGUUUUUUG